CGCAAGCUCACGGCUUCCCCGAGCCACAAUGAGAAGUCCUUUCACUUUUUUAUGGGUUUAUUCCAGGUUCCUGCACAGGAUGCGCAUGAGGUCUAUGUGAGCGUGUGAGCCGGGUCAGAGGUCAUGCUGCGGAGGGAAUCUGACCCCCACGGCCUCUUUUCCUCCGGAGAGACGUCUGACAACGACUGUGAGAUGGGGGCGAGUUGUGGAGAGGUAGACGCCGUGUGUGUGUGCGAGGCCGGUCCCUGUACACUUUAUUCAGAAGCACACACGCCAACGCCGGACACACUGCUGUGUGAACACUGUGGGAAAAACAGGGUGAUGAUGACCAGGUACUCUGAGGGAUACGGCACAGAGGAGGAGUGCGUAUUGUCUGACCCUCAGGGGGAGAGUGAUGCAGAUGCAGAUAUAGAGGACACAGAUUGCAGACUCCAGGAGCCAGGUUCUCUCCAGCGAAUCAGCUCGCGGAGACGCAAGAGGCCACGGGUUGCGCGGCAAGACACUACCGAGAGCGAGGACGACGGCGGGCGAAGCCACAGGUCGCAUCGCUGGAACCUCAGGCUCAGUCCCGACAGGGCCCAGAGCAGGACCAUACUGGAGGAGAGCAUCUCACAGGUCAGGCCACUGGUCAUCUGCCGGCCGAACGCGGAAAAGCCGGUCGAGCUGCCCCGAGGCUCCAAACGUGUGAAGGCAGAAGAAGAGGUGGUGAGGGAGGGGAAGGAGAAGGAGGAGGUUGGUGAGAUUGAAGCAGGAGGAAAGGAGGAAGAGCAGGGAGAAGAAGAGAACGAGUUAGAGAGGGUGGUGAAGGAAGUAGAGGAACUUGAGAAAGCUGGGGUAGAAGGAGGAACUCAGGUAGAGGAUAAGGUGGCUUCAGUCAGGGAAGAAGAGCAGGUCAAGGAGGAAGAUGAUAGGGAAGAGGAGCAAAUUGGGCAAUAUCACCAUGCAGAGCAAUUAAGAAAACACAUAAGAAGAACUGAAGAUGAGAACAUACAGCAAAACCAAGAAAGUGCCAGGCUAGAGCACAGAACGGUCAAUGAAGAAGAACACUUGACUGAAUCCGUGGAAUCCGAUAAUGAAGAUUCUGACUUGACGGGAUCCGAGAUUCAAUUUGACAAUUUUGCCAGAAUGACAAGUGAAGCGAGUCCCGUUGAGGACUCAGAGGAUCCAGAGGAACUGGAAGAUCCUGAUAAAAAGCCACGCAGCAAUGAAAAUAGCAUCCUCGGAACGUGGACUUCUAAGGAAAGAAAAGAAGCUGAAGAUGAGAAGUUGACAGAGACAAUUGUAGAAUCUCGGACAACCGAAGAAGAAGGGUUUCAAGUUGAUCACAAUAAGCUUCAACGGGAAGGGGAAGAGUCUAAGGAUGAUGAGGAAGCAGAACACUCAACGGUCGAAGAAGCAGAUGGCAAUGACGAAGAUGUGGUAAAGAUCUACUGCAAAGAUGAUUAUCAUACAGACGUAUUCCGCACCUUGGCAGAGUUCAGGGACUCCUCCCUUCUCACUGACCUUACUUUGAGCACAAAGGAUGGGAAGAGUUUCCACGUACACUCCAUCCUGGCUGCUGUCAGCCUCUAUAUCCGAGAAAGACUUAGUAGAAGUUACGUAGAUAAUGACGGAGUUAAUGAGAUAAAAGAUGCAAGUGUAGGAGUCCACAGGAUAUCAGUGUCUCUGGGUCCAGAGGUGGAUCAGGUUGGGUUGAAGGCAGUUGUGGAUUUUGCCUACACUGGAAUCAUAUCAUGUUUGAACAAGAACACAUGGAACCAGAUAAAGGCUGCGGCUCAAACACUUGGCGCCCCCAGGGUGCUUGAUCUCUGCAAAGAUGAAGAAGAAAAGACCACCAAAACUGGAGGGCAGGGAAAAGAGGACAUGAUCUCAGCUGCAGAACAAAAGAAGAUCAGUCUUCGGGCCAUCAAACAGUUGUGGAUCGAAAGAGUUGGCUGUGAUGUCAUUCUGGAAGCUCUUGGAGGAUCACAUCAUGUCCACAGGGUCAUCCUGGCUGUGUGCAGUGACUACUUCCGUGCCAUGUUCACCUUGGGGAUGAAGGAGUCCCAUCAGCCUUUUGUGACCCUUCCCUUCCUCUUGGCAUCAGAGCUGGAGGCUCUAAUUGACUGCGCCUACAGCGGUGCUCUCUCCAUCAGCUGGAAGUGUGUCUUCGAGAUCACUAGCAUUGCUCUCCAGCUCCAGUACCAACCUGCGCUCUCCUUGUGCCUUAGCUUUCUGCAUGAAGAAAUGAAUCCUCACUCCUGCCUGGAUGUGGCAUCUUUUGCUGAAGCCUACGAGAUGGUGCAGCUUCUUGAAGAGGCAGACGAUUUUGUUCUGCGGCAAUUCCAGAAGGUGGCGUGUAUCUCAAAGUUCAAGGACCUGCCAGCCAAACAGCUACAAAAGUACUUGAAUAGUAGCUCGCUCUGUGUUCCAUCUGAGCUUGUUGUGUUCAAAGCAGUGGUUGCAUGGAUCCAAGCAAAACCCGGAGAAAGGAUGAAGCUUGCUAAAGAACUAAUGAAAACUAUCCAAUUUCCCUUGAUGACGUUCAGGGAAUUCAAAGAGGUCGAAUUGCUGAACAUGUGGUCCAAACACAGCCUGGCAGAGCUCUAUAAUGUAGUUUUUGAGGAUUUCUGCUCCAAUCAGAGUCAGUGCCGGAUCUAUAUCCCGAAAGAGACUCUGGUCUUGAUUGGUGGUGAACAGAUCUCUGAAGACCUGGAUAGGCGCAGCGUCAGCAGAGAACUCUGGUUUGUGAAUUCCCUGAGGAACCAUAUAGGGUUAAUAAAGGUCAUGGAGUGGAGAAGGUUGGGAGAGAUGCCAGAGCCAGAGAGGUUCAACCAUGAGGUGGCUGUUCUCAAAGGACAACUAUACGUGUUUGGAGGCAAGAAGUACUACGGCAUCUGGGACACCCUGAGUUCUGUCUACAGGUACGACCCCCUUAAAAACAGUUGGGUGAGCCUGGCGGAAAUGCAGGAAAAGAGAUGCUCUUUCUCUGUGGCUGUGCUGGAUGGAAAGAUAUACGCCAUUGGCGGACACCAUGACCCUGAAUAUAUAGAGAGUGUGGAGCGAUACUGCCCCACUGGAAACUCUUGGAGCUUCACGUGGCCCUUGGAUCUGCCUCUGGGUGGCCACGUAGCAAAAGUUUUACACGGCCGGAUCUUUGUCUCUGGAGGGCUGAGCAACAACUACCAACAACUUGCAUCCAUGUUUCUAUACCACCCAGAGACAGGAAGCACUUAUUUGGCAAACAUGGCUAAACCUCGAGCUCGUCACUGCAUGGAGACCCUGGGUGACCGCCUCUACGUAGCGGGUGGAAUCACCGUGGACGACAACAUGUGCAUUGUGGACCAGCUAGCUUGUGAGGUGUACAAUCCAGAGGCCGACUCCUGGACUGCCUUCGCGUCUCUGCCAGUGCCACAUGUAGGAGCAGGAGGAGCAGUUUUGGAGGGAAAGUUUUACGUGCUGGGUGGAUACAGCCAGGAGGACUACAGUGACACUGGGAUGGUCCACCGGUACGAUCCAACCGCAAAGAGAUGGGAGAACAUGGGCAAAAUGCCCGGGCCGAACAAUGACAUACGAGCAUCUGUGCUGUGUUUGCCACCAGAUGUCCGCUUGUAA